AGAUUGACGGUGUAUUGAGUGACUUUUUUCAUUUUUCUUCACCGUCAUGUCCAUUUCGCUCAUAAAUGUCGAAAAUGAGGAACGCGUGGACGACGUGCUUGUGAUGAGUCUCGCAGGGAAAGCUGCGCCGACACAGGAGGAGCACAGCAUUAUCACUGACCACCGCGGUAAGCCCACCGGCAGCUAUCAAUCGCUGUACAGCAAUAAUGAACAGAGACGGCUGGACAGAGACUCAACGAGAGUGUCGAUUGACAGCGUGGGACGAGGAACGGUGGCGGGCGCUACGGUUACGUGCCACAACGUCGGUUACACGGUGAAGAUCAGCUCUAAUCGUCUAGUUCCACGCAAAAGAAAAGAGAAGGUGGUACUGAAAGAUAUCUGUACAAAGCUUCAUCCAGGAAUGAAUGCCAUUCUCGGUCCAACGGGAAGCGGGAAAUCCUCACUGUUGGACAUCAUAGCUGAUAGGAAGCAGCGUUCCGGUCUCUCUGGACAUGUACUAGUCAAUGGCCAUCCAUUGCCGGCAAACUGGAAGCUGAUGACAGGCUACGUCGUACAGGAUGAUGUCGUCAUGGGCACACUUUCGGUGGAAGAAAAUUUGAUGUUCUCCGCACAACUGCGCCUUCCGGCUCAUCUAAGCAAAGAAGAAAAACAACUAAGGGUUACCAGAGUCAUAGAUGAGCUUGGAUUGCAUGAUUGCAGGAAUACCAGGAUUGGAACAGAGUUCAUAAGAGGCAUCUCAGGAGGUGAACGUAAAAGGACAAACAUAGGAAUGGAGCUAAUCAUAUCCCCUACAGUUCUCUUUCUUGAUGAGCCUACCACGGGCCUUGAUGCAAACACAGCCAACACAGUCAUGUUGAUUUUAGCCAAUUUGGCAAAGAAAGGAAGAACUAUUAUCUUCUCCAUCCAUCAGCCACGCUACUCCAUCUACAGACUGUUUGAUGACAUGACACUAUUGGCCAAGGGGGAGGUGGCCUAUCAUGGCCCCACUUCCUCUGCACUUGCCUACUUUGAAGCCCUUGGUUACAUCUGUGAUCUGCACAACAAUCCGCCAGACUUUUUUCUCGAUGUGCUUAAUGGAGAUGCAGCCCGAGUGUCCGAGAGACAUCCAGGUAAAAGAGAAGAAUUGGAUCGCAUCUACAGCCAGUUCAAUGAGUACGUGGCAACUGGAGACCAUGUUGUGACUACCAAAGGAAAAUACGAAACAACAUUUCUUACACAGCUACGAUUAGUCGCUAAGCGAACAGCCCUCAAUCUUGUCCGGAAUCCUAUGACUUCGUACUUUCAGCUUGCUACAAUGAUGAUAUUUGCCAUAGCCGUAGGAAUGCUGUUCUUCCAAGUGGAGUCGGAUACGACAUCCGGAAUUCAGAACAGAACGGGAGCAUUUUUUUUCAUGGUGAUGAACGUGAUGUUUGGUAACCUUUCAACUGUGGAGCUUUUCCUCAACGAACGACACAUAUUUAUACACGAGACAAUCAGUGGAUUCUAUCGCGUUUCCGCGUACUUCCUCGCAAAGCUGUUCUGUGACAUACUGCCGAUGCGUAUCGUACCCACGACCCUGUUUGCCACCAUAACAUACUGGAUGGUCGGUUUCCAGUCCGAUGCCGGCAAGUUCUUUUUCUACAUGCUGGCGCUGCUGACAACUACGGUGGCGGCCUCUAGCCUCGCGUUCCUGAUGAGCGCCAGCGUGGGUGUGUUUGCCCUCGCCAGCAUGGGCGUGGCCCUCACCUUCGUCUUCAGCAUGGUAUUCAGUGGGCUGCUAGUGAACCUGGACACGAUGGCCGGAUGGCUGAGCUGGAUCCAGUUCUUCAGCAUCUUCCGCUACGGCAUGAACGCGCUCCAGGUGAAUGAGCUGGCUGAUCUGCUGCUGUGUGAUACUGUAGAGAACGCGCUAAACCGAGCACAAUGCGCGGACCUGCUCGGCGUGGCAGACGACGCCGGCGGCGGCAACGCGACGAUGACGACGCCCUCGGCGAUGGUGUGCACCCUCGGCAACGUCUACCUGAAGAAGCAGGGCAUCGCCUACGAGACGUCGUGGGACCUGUGGCAGAACAUCGCCGCGCUCGCGCUCAUCACCCUCGUCCUGCUCUGCCUCGCCUACGUGCAGCUG